GACAGGCGUCGAGCGCCAGCAUCGUGUCAACAUGUCGACAUGCACAACAGCCUCAGCUCCACAGCGAGAACGGUUGCUCUCAUCACCACGACAAUUUAGUGGUGGUACCAGUCAUCCCCGCUCCGUACGUGAGUCUAGAGUCAGCGUAUUGUCUGCAAGGACAAGUCAUGAGAUCGUUUCGACCAAGCUUAAAACAACUAAAACGAUGCCCGUGUUUCACAAAGCCGCUAAGGGCCAUGGAGAUGUUAUGACAGUCGCGAUAUAAAUGACAAUGGUUGUUUGUGGAUCGAUUCGCUGGCCACCUGUAACAAUUAUCAGUGCCCGUCCAACUCGUUGAAGUGCUCAUUUUUACAUUUAUUUUGCGCCUUUAGGUUGUAAGAAAAUUAUGAAUAUUAUUGCGUUCAGAAAUAGUGCCGUGGUGUAUGGUGCUCAUGUUUUUUGGGGUCAACUGUGUACCAUGUACUCUAACGCUGAGGUUGCUCGUAUAAUGAAAAGCGGAACACCGCCUAAGUGAUUGCGGACCUGUUACCGUUGUUGCAUAGAUUUAGAUAGCACUAAGAUCACUGUGAAUACUUCUAUUGACUCUCAUAUCCAUGCGUAUAUUGUUUUUCGUGGAAGACUAUUAUAUAAAAAGCAUCGGCGAAGAUGUCGGAAUUCACGGCUCGUCGUGCGAUGUUCGGUAUUAGAAGGUCAAACUUUUUUACUCUAGUUUUACUCGGAGGACUCAUAUGUUAUCUAUGUUUCGGCGCUCUCAUAUUUACCUAUUUCGAGCACAACCAUGAGCAGCAACUUCGCGAUAACUUCCGUCAUUUUCGAGCGGAUUUUCUAAUAAAACACCGUAACGGCAUUAACGAUUCGGAUCUCGAACGAUUUCUGCACGAGGCGCUCAUUCUUCAGCAGAACCGGAUUGAUCCAAUAGCAAAUGCUAGUGAUCUACCCCUGUGGACAUUUUCUAAUGGUUUGUUAUUUUGUACAACGUUGAUUACCACCGUUGGAUACGGCAGUGUGACGCCGUUAACCUCGUCUGGGCGAAUACUUUCAGUGUUGUACGCCGGCUUCGGUAUACCUCUGACUUUGCUGUUGAUGGGUGCUAUAGUCGAGCGGCUUCUGCAACCCUGCCGAGGCCUUAUACACUACCUGGGGAAGCAUGGUCGAACGUCACCAUUAGAACGGAAGAUGAUCAACCUUUUUGUGGUCGGUCUCCUAUUCAGUGUCUUUUUUUUGUUGCUGCCAGCCGCCAUCUUCACUUAUAUUGAGCCAGAUUGGAACAUCGUAGACUCGUUAUAUUACUGUUUCAUCUCACUGACGACGAUUGGCCUCGGAGAUCUCGUGCCCAAAGGAGAUCGGCGCAGCUUCACAGCUCACGAAUGGUAUACGGUGUCAGUAUCCGUUUACCUCUUACUAGGUAUCUGCUUCGUGCUUCUUUUACUCGCUGUGUUCUAUGAUGUGCCUCAGCUUAAUCUUGGCGCAUACUUUCUCCUUAGCAGCGAUUUGGAAACUAUGGACGAAGAAGCCACUGAAAGUGUCACGGUUUACAUGUCCGUCAAAGAAAAGUCGAGACUAUUUGAAUCGAUUAACAAACAACCCGCUCGCAAGCUCACCAUGUAGUCAAAUGAAUUCCAGCGGAAUAUUUACCAUUCAAUGCUUAAGCGCAUUCAAACAAAUUCACGAAGUUCUUGACGCACACGUCUUUUUAUCUGAUUUGAUAUGCUAACUGAGGAAGUGUUACUCAAUAAACUAGCACAUUUUCUACGAUGA